AUGUUCGAUAUAUUAAUAUAUAAAAAUGUGAAUGUUCUGAAAUGCAAUAAAAUGAUUAAUAGCAUAUUAAUAAAUUAAAAUAUUAUGAUAAAUUAGUAGAAUGUGAAUCUAUAAAACAAUGUUAAGGUUCAAUCCAUAUUAGGUUUCAUACCAGCCUUAGUGUUUUAACACAUUCUUGAAAAUUAAAUAAAGGGGAUAAAAACCUAAGUUCCAGAGAUUCAGUCAUUUAAGAGUGUAAUAAUGUUUGCUGAUAUUUGUGGAUUUACAAAUUUAACUGAAUAACUUUCUAAAAUAGGACCAGAAGGAUCAGAAGUGAUAGCAUUUGCAAUUAAUAGAUAUAUGGAAUUGUUGAUUAAAUCAAUAUCAAAGAGUGGAGGAGACAUAUUCAAAUUUGCAGGAGAUGCAAUUAUAGUUGUAUGGCCACCUCCUACAAGUUAUAAUGAUAAAGAUGAAUAACUCAAAACAUUAUUACGUUAAGGAAUAUAAAGUGCAUUAGAUAUUUAAUCUAAAUUGAAUGAUACUUUCAUUUUAGAGAAUAUCAAACUAUCUGUUAAAAUAGGAUUUGGAGUAGGAGAUAUAAACAUUUUAUAUGUAGGAGGAGUGUUCAAUAGAAAUGAAUUUCUAGCUACAGGUUAAGCUUUGAUAUAGGCUUUCGAGAGUGAGCAUUGUGCAACAAAAGGAGGCUAAGUAAUAAUAUCUAAGGAUGUAUAUGAAAUGGUGGGAUAGUAUUAUAAUUGUUUAAAAGUUGAGGAUCGUCAAUCUUAUUUUGUGAACUCUAAUAAAGGAGCAAAAGUAUAGAACAUUUCAAAUGCUCUAUUAAUAAAGAGUAAUAUAAGUGCUUAAUCAUUUGAAUCAAUAAAGAGUUAAUUAAUAAGAUAUAUUCCUGCUGCCUUAUAAUAAUAUAUCUAUGUAAGUAUUCGUAUAAAUUUAGGUAGAUUAAGAAAAAUGGAGUUCUGAAUUAAGAAUAUUAACAAUAAUGUUUAUUAAUUUAAGUAUUGAUUUAUCAGCAGCUCUUACUUCUAAUGGGUUAAGUCAUAUUUAAUAAGUUAUAGAAACUGUAUAAAAAUCAAUAUAUGCAUUCUAAGGAUCUCUUAACAAAAUAUUAAUGGAUGAUAAGGGAUCAACAUUAAUUGUAGUAUUUGGUCUACCUCCUAUGGCUAAAUAAGAUGAUCCUGCUAGAGCAGUGAUGACUGCUAUCACAAUGAAAUCAGAAUUAAAUGCCAUUAAUUGUGGAUGUAAAAUUGGAAUUUCAACAGGGUGUACCUUUGCUGGUGUAGUUGGAACUAGUGGUUCUAGAAGAGAGUAUGAAAAAUAUCAAUAUUAUAUCUAGAUAUUCUGUUAUUGGUGAUGCUGUUAAUUUGGCAGCUAGACUCAUGUAAAUAGCAUGUAAAGAUGAUGAACAUUCAAUUUUACUUGAUGUAGAAACAUCAAAGGAAGCUUCAUAUAAAAUGAAUAUAUCAUAUUAUAAAUCUGUUAUGGUAAAAGGAAAAGCAGAUAAAGUUAACAUUUAUUACCCAGAAAAAAAUUUGGAAUUAAAUAAAAUUAGAAUUCAUAAUCCUUUCUUUCCAAAACUUCUCGAUAAUUAUUUAUUCGAUAUUAGCAAUCUAAGAUUAAUUUAAAGUAGAAUUCAAUUAUUUUAAUUCUAAAAUGAAUCUAAUGUAUUAUUGAAAAUCUCUGGGAAUUAAGGAUCAGGGAAAUCUUAUUCUGUUAAGUAAUGCAUAGAUUUCUUUUAAGAAAGUUUUAAUUUUUUAUAAAUUAGAUUAUGUUCCUUUUUAUAAAAAGAACAAUAAUAUUUAUAUGCUAUUAAAAUUAUAUUCUAAUAUUUACUAAAAUAGAUAGGUAUCUCAUUAAAUAAAUAAUAUGAUAUAUAAUUAUUUAAGUAAAUAUUUGAUGAAUAGGAUCAACUAUUACAACUCUUUGAUUUUGAACCUGUUAGUUAAAUUUAAUUAUUUGAUAAGGAAUUAAGAAAUAAGAAUGAUUCUUUAGAAACAUUAGAUAUUUAAAUGAUCAAAGAAAAUAUAGACUUAUUAUUCAAGAAAUUUUAAUCAAUAACUAAUUAACAAAAGUUAAUCUUUGUUUUAGAUGAUGGUCAUAAUAUAGAUGAAGAUUCUCUUAAAAUAAUUAGACAUUUAAUUAAACAUAAUUAAUUCAUUUUGCUCAUUUUUAUAUUUAGACAUGAUUAUUUUGAAUAAUUUUAAUUUCAUGAAUAACAUUAAAAUCAAAUUCAAAUGAUUGAAGAUGGAUUAGAAUCAAUAACAUCUAAAUUAAAAGACAUCAAUAAUUUUGAACAUAUUAGUUUUAAAAAUAUAUCAUUAAAUGAUUAUUAGGUAUUGUUAACUGAUUUAUUUCAUAUCAAUAAAAUUAGAUGUUCAAAGAAUUAAGAACCAUCUAAUACACAAGAUAAGAAUAUUUUGCAUUAUGAAUAUAUUAAAUCCUAAUUGAUGUAAUCAAAUACUUAAGAAUUUUUCUUAUAAACAAUCUAUAGAAAAACCUAAGGAAAUCCUCUUACAUUCAUUACAUUAGUAUUAAUUUAUAUCUAUUAUUUUUAGAUUGAAAAAUUAUUGAAGUUUAAUUAUAUGAUUGUAGAUAAUUAGUUAUAAGAUGUUGUUAUAGUAAAUGAUUCAUUUUUAAAUAUAUUAAAUUUAGAUGAAUUCAUUAUUUUAGAAGCUCCAUUAAAUAAAUUUAGACUUAAUUCACCCUAUUUAGAUAAGGUAGGAUGUUUAGAAUUAUUGAUACUCAAAGUUGCAUCUAUUAUAGGAGAUAUAUUUGAUGUACAAACACUUAAUAAAAUACAACCAUUUAAAGAAGUCAUUUAAAAAGAAAAUUUGAUUAAAAUAUUAAAUAGUUUAGAAGAAUUAGAAAUUAUAGAAACAAUGGAACUUAAUGAUUUAAAUAAGUAUUACAGAUUUGCUAAACCAUUUCUUAGAGAAAUAAUCUAUUAACGAUUAUUAUUCUCUUAAAGAAGAGAAUUACAUAAAUAUUAUGCUUAAGCAUUAUAAGAAAUUCCAUCAUAAUUUGAAAUUGAUGAAAAAUUGGAAGCUCAAAGAUUGGAACAUAAUUGGAUUCUAGCUGAAUAAAAGUGGAAUAGUUAAUCAAAUAUUAAAUCAAGAGGAUUAGAAUUAUCUCAUAAAGCAAAAAGAUCGAUAAUAAUUAAAUCCAUAUAAACUAAAUUAAUAGCUAAAACUAAUAAUAUUAAACUUGGUUUAUUAAAAAAGAAAUCAGAUAAGAAUGUUACUUGGGCUGAAAGAUAUUGUUUAAUGACAUAAAAAGAAUUAAAGUAUUAUUAUAAUGAAUAAGACUAUCAAAGAUAACCUUAGAAUGCUUUAGCAACAAUAAUUCUUAGUAGUAUAUAUUAGAUUGUUCCACUAAAUGAUAAAGAAAAAGUUAAUUAAAAAUAUGCUUUUGAAAUUAGAACAGGUAAUUGGUUUAAAAGAUAAAAAUUAAUGCCAAGAAGAGACUUCUAUUUCUCAGCAACUAGUGAAGAAUUAAUGGAAGAAUGGACUAUUUAUAUUGAAUUUAUGAGAGUUAAAGCAACUUAUGAUGAAUUUGUUAAUAAUUUUGGAAAAAUCUAAUUUCCAAUUGCAAAUUUUAAAGAAUUCUAUGAUAUGAGUUUAGGAACAGAAAUGAAUAAUUAUCAAUAGAAAUAAACAUAAAAGAAGAAUAAUAAAUCUAGUAUGAUUUAAACAUAAAAAAGAAAUACUGUUCUAUCUAUUAAUAGUUUUUUUAGAUAAUCUAUUGUUGAAAAGAAAUAGAAAUAAAAUAAAGAAGAACUUAAAAUAUUAAUUUCUAAAUUUUUAAAUAAAAGUUAAUUAUUACUAUUUACUCAUAUAUUCCAGAAUUCAAUUUCAACUAAAAAUCCAAUUAUAAUUGGUUAAAAUACAAAAGCUAUGUUAAAUUUUGGAUAAUUCUUCAUUAAAACUGCAUCAGAAUAUUCAUAAUUAUAAUAAUAAGAAAAUGAAACUAUUUAAACAGAAGAAUCCCCAUAAACUAGACCUCGAGCGAGUUUGAACAUUUCAGAAUAAAUAAUAUUAGAAAGAAAAGCUGAAUCUAUAUAAGCAACUCUUAGAAAUACAAAAAGAAAAUAAACAACUGAAUAGUUUUAUAAUAAGAGAUCAAAAAGUUCUGAAUUUCUUAUUUAGUUUAAUGAAAAUUCCAAUUUGGAAUAAUAAUAACAAAGUUGA